UUAAAAAAAAUUUAUGAAAGAAAUGUCUUAUUAUGACCAUUCAAGAGAUCCUUGUCCAUAUGUGAUUCUAUCAGAUUUUGGAGGAGCAUUUGCAAUGGGAGCUAUUGGUGGUGGACUAUGGCAUUCGGUAAAAGGUUUUAGAAAUUCACCAUCAGGCGAAAAGUUGAUUGGAGCAAUCUCAGCAGUAAAAGCUCGUGCCCCAGUUUUAGGAGGAAAUUUUGGUGUUUGGGGAGGUGUAUUUUCAUCAUUUGAUUGUGCAGUAAAAAGUAUAAGAAAAAAAGAAGAUUCAUGGAAUGCAAUUAUUGCAGGAUUUCUUACGGGAGGGUCAUUAGCAUUACGUGGGGAUAUUCGAUCAAUUAGGAAUUCGGCUAUUGGAUGUGCUUGUUUGUUAGCAAUUUUUGAAGGGAUUGGAAUUGCGUUUAAUCGGAUUAUGGCUGAGCAAAAUCGUCCUAUUCAGCCUCAAAUUCCUGAAACUAUUCGUGCUACAUAG